CGGUUACCAUAACGACAGUCAAGAUGGCAGCGAUGGCGUCUGAAGAUGAACAUGCAGCGUCUGAAGUUUUGAGAGGACUCCACCGACACCUGAACUGUCUAAACGAAGACAACAAAGCGGCAAGAAAGAGAGCUCUUGAGUUGAUAAAGAAAGAGACAGUGGAUAAAGGACUUUCCAGCUCCGUCUUACAGGAAGUUUUCUCAGCCAUCCUCAAACCUCUCCUCAAAUGUCUGUCAGACCCGAUGGAGAGAUGCAGAGAAACCACGAUUGUCACAAUGACUGAGUUUAUUCGAUGUGUUCCCAAACCCGAGGACUCUUUGCCUUAUCUUAUUCCUUGUCUGGCUCAGCGUUUUGGCGAGAAGGAUAUCUUGGAGCCUGCGGAGGAGCUCCGACUGUUAGCCGUGGAGAUGUUGACUCUGACAGUGGAGGUGUGCGGGACGCAUUUAGCGCCUUAUGUGAACGAAAUUAUCAACAUUCUCCAAAGAACCAUCGUCGACCCUUUCCCGGAUGUUAAAAGAGAAAGCUGCAAAUGCACUGUAAACUUUGCGAAGUGUGUGCCAGAACAUUUUCACAUGCAAGCUGAGAGUCUCGUGAAACCUCUCAUGCUGACCAUAACUCAUCUGCACUCCCGAGUACGAGUGUCAACCAUUGAAGCCACUGGGGCGGUCAUUAAGCAUGGCAGUGGAAAAAAUGUGAAUGACGUACUCUUGCACUUGGCUCAACGACUCUUUGAUGAUUCACCACAGGUGAGAAAAGCUGUAACUGCAGUUGUUGGGGAUUGGCUUUUAAAUAUGAGAGACCGAUACUCCUAUUUCCACAAAUUCAUUCCGCUUCUACUGAGCAGCAUCACUGAUGAGAUACCAGAAAUAAGGCUUUUAGCUGCAGAUUUUUGGAAGCAGGUUGGCACACAGUGGGAGAAGGAAAAUGAGGAUGACAUAAAAGACAAGCUGGACUUCCUGCUUACCCCACCACUUCACUACCCUGAAGGAGUGGAACGUCCAGGACUGGGCUGCAGAGAACUGGUGGUGAGAAACCUGGGGAGGCUGGUACCAGCAAUCACCCAUGACAUGACUGACUGGCUGGUGCCGACACGGGUCAGGACCUCGCAGCUCCUUUCUGUGCUGCUGCUGCAUGCUGAGGACCACACCACUCAGCACCUGCAGCCUCUGCUGGCCGUGCUCUACCGGGCCUGCAUGGACUCAGAGAGGGAUGUGGUCAACAAUUGCCUGGCAGCUGCUAAACUGAUAGGGACCUUUGUUCCUCCACCUGUCUUCCUCAAGCUGCUGCUUGAACAUGUGACAGCACCUCACUCUUCCUCGCACCCCUGGGCGCCCCUCAUGGUUCUGGCUGCGGUGCUGGGAGGGUGCCCCGAAGUACAACUGACACCACAUCUCCAGCAGAUUGCCAGCACUCUGGUUCAGCCUGAUGUCUGCCAGGAAUACCAACAGGUUAUGUACUUGGAGCAGUUGUUGGCAUGUGUGGAUGUGCUGCUGCAUCAGUGUGAGUCCGAAUGUGCCUCAGUAAGCCUGCAGCUGCUGCAGGUGCUGGUCACUGUCCAGAGCCUCUCCACUGAGCCACAACUCAGCGCAAAGGCCUUGGAGAGUGCCCAUGUUUUAAGUAAGGUACAGGACUUGGACUUGACAGAACUCUAUAGGAGGCAUAUGGGACAACUGCUGGACUGGUUGUCUGUCUCCAUCAACACCUGGACUAGUUAUUCCCCACAGAGACUCCAACUACAAAUCAUAGUCAUGCAAUCAGGUCCGGUUAUUGGGGAGUUUUUGAACCAGUUGAUGCCUCUUCUCUACAGCUGCCUCGAACCAAACAGAGACACAGAAAUGAGGAUGAGCGUUUUCACCACGCUUGCCAAGCUGCUCUUGGAUGCGAGCAACACACUGGAUUCCCAGGGAUGUUUCCGCGAUGAGUCAGAGACYUUUCUUUGCAACAUCCUGCUUCCUAACCUGGCGUGGCAAGCAGGCCGCACCGCAGCCGCUGUUCGCACUGCAGCUCUCAGCUGUCUGUUAGCCCUGCUGCACGGAGGAAGCAUCACACCUGGACAGCUUCUGAGUGUGGAGGAAAAGCUGAGCCCUCGGGUGUUGUCAGCCCUGGAGGAGGACUCUCAGAUGAGCAGACUYUUAGCUUGUCGCUCACUCUCUGCCAUGCUCAGGCUCAUAGGAACCAGUUUGCACCAUGAAGCUCUCAACAAGAUUUAUCCCGAGCUGCUGAAGCGUCUGGACGACAGCAGUGAAGAGGUGCGCGGGGUGGCCCUGCAGGCUGUGGGCCUGUGGCUGUCCAGCGUGACCAAAGACUACAACCCUGAGCUCCGUGCUCCUCAUCUGCAGCUCCUCUUUCAGCAGCUCCUCCUGCAUCUGGAUGACCCUGACAGCUCAGUGCAGGACCAAGUGCUCGAAAUCCUGAAGAAAGGCAGCUCAGUCCACCCGACCCUCCUGAUGAGGGAGGCUGAGGCUGCGAGGGACAAACAGCGCAGUCCUCACCACUGUGAUGUCCUCCUUCAGCACAUCAGCUCACUGUCCACUGAGACAGACAGUCUGCAGGGACAGGACAAACACUCGGACUAAUGCUUGGGCCUCCACUGAAAAUUCAAUUAACUGUAAUAAAACAGUGUUAAAAUGUUUUUAAACAGUUUGUGUUUUUUAACGGAGCAAUUUUUCUACAUUUAUUCCUGAUUUUGAACUCUUUGUUCUGAUAAGUGGUUGUAGUGAAACAGCUGUUGUGUUUGCACAGCUCGAUAAGGUUGUUCUGUGUGUUCCUGCACUGUAACUCUGCCUGCAACAGAAUGAAUGGAUUUAUUUUUCAAAAUAAAAUACAUUUCUUGCCUAAA